AUGAUGUUCGCCUUCUGGCGCUUCCUCGAAAUAAUCACCCUGAUACCAACAAUGGGCAUGCUAGCCUACUUCGUAGACGGCUACGUCAAAGCCAACCAACUCACGCCCACCUACAUCCUAAUCCUCUUCAUCGUCUCCGUCCUCGCGCUCGCCUGGUCCAUCGCCACGCUGUUCAGCUACCACCGCUCCUCCACCAACGCGCAAUUCGUCUCCUUCGUCGACCUCGCCUUCGUCGGCGCCUUCAUCGCCGCCGUUUAUUAUCUCGGGUGGAUCGGCUCCGUGAACUGCACCUCGGUCGAUCGCGGGAACCCGUACUUUGUCGACUUGGGCGCCGUCGGGUCGGCGAACUUUAAUACUUUCCGCAUCAACAUCAACAAGACGUGCGCGAUGCUCAAGGCUUGUUUUGCGUUUGGCAUCAUGAAUACCAUUUUCUUCUUUAUCACGAGCUUGUUGGCGUGGAUUCAUGGCGGACAUACGGCCAGGAGCGAGAAGGUUUACCAUACGACCAGGAAGACGACGACGCAUAGUCAUCAUCAUCGCGGUGGGAGUGGACAUCGCAGGAGCCACAGUGGGAGUCAUAGCAGGACCAGGAGGUCGCGGUCGCAUUCGAGGUCGUAUGUCUAG